UCUACGAGUUUGCUGUAAAGAAGUGUUGUUGUCUAUCCUAAUAAUUCGCAUGCUAUGUCACAAAUAUGGAAGGAUAUCGAAAUAUUUUCACCAUAGACCACGUGAAUAGACUGCGGCAGCUUGCAGAACAAGAUUUAAGAGAAAAGGGGGUCAAAUUACCGAAGAGCAAGAAGACAAAAAAGUUGAACACAUCACGAGGACCAAAUCAAGAUGGUUUGAUGACAGCUAGUAAUAUUUUUGGAAAUUAUCUUUCUCAUGUUCCUUGUGUUUAUGUCAGUGAUUGUGGAUAUGUACCAAAGUUUUUGGUAGAUGCUGAAGAAGUAAUUGUUAAUAAUGUUAAUCAGGAAGGUAUAUUUAGGAAAUCUGGAGCUAUCAGCAGACAAAAAGAAUUAAAGCAACAAAUAGAAGAAGGAAAAUGUUUUACCGAUGCGAAUGUGAACGAUGUUACAGGACUUAUAAAACAGUUUUAUAGAGAGUUACCUGAACCUCUGUUUACUAGUGUCUAUCAUGAUACCUUUGUCCGAUGUUACCAACUCGGUAACGAGGACACAGCUUCCCAGGCCAUUCUAUUACUCUGUCUCCUUCUUCCGUCAGAGUAUCUCAGCGCAUUGAGAUACACCAUGAAGCUGUUAUCAUUUAUCGCUCUUCAUUCUGACACAAACAAAAUGGACGUUGCCAAUUUGGCUGUCGUGCUAGCACCGAACAUCAUGCAUGUUAAUAGCAAGAGUGAAAAAAUGAACUCCACUGAAGAGAAAUUGAUUCAGAUUCAGACCGCGAUCGUAGAAUUGUUGAUCAAGAAUGCGGAAUGUGUUGGACUUGUGUCGGAUGAUCUGUACUCCCGUACGUGUAAGAUGGUGGAGAUCUACGGAGAAGAGGAUCUCGAUGCAAGCGAUGACAAUACGCUAGAAGAUUCUAAAGAUUGUAGAAAGAAAGAAAAGAAGAGAAAAAGGAGUGGAUCUUUUCAAGGAUUUGUAAGUUCGAUAGCUAACGGUAUUGCUAAAUUACGAAGAAGUACGGAUGGAAAAGAGGCUAAAACAGGAAACAUAACUCAGAGUAGUUCCUGUUCCAUCAACACUACGGCUAAUGAAUGUUCAAUUUCCCAAAAUGCAACUGAACAUCCUCUGACGACGCCAGUUGUAAUGCGUAAAAGAAAAGCUUCAGGAGAGGUCAUUCCAUUUUCAGCUACAAAAAAGAAAGCUAUUAUAUUAAAUUUACCCCAGCAGACGACUCUUGGUAAUACACCGUUUACACCAGCUAGAAAAAUGGACAUAAAUGAAAUGAAGAAAUUAGGGACUAUUGAUACCCCAAGUAUUGCGUUUAGUGAAAGUACUUUACCUAACUUUACAGCCACCCCGUCUGCCAAAGAUAUGAAAACUCCCAGAAAGAAGUUCCUCUUCAGUCCUGGUAGCAGUAAGAAAACUGUCUCUAAUCCAGCUAAUACUAGUAAUAGUAGUAAUAUAUCUACAGGUUCUAUUAAAAAACCUAAAGGAAAGAAUAUAUUUAGACGACUUAGUGGUAGUAAGAGUGAUAAGGAUUCUGAAGCUCUUUCAUCAUCCACAUCUAGUAAUAUUGGUGAACGUCUUGCGAGUCCACCAGACUCAUCUCCACAAGAUAUUGUAGACAGAAUCCACAAACAAUCCCAUUUAGAUUCUCCGCUCUCCGGACGAUUACCCACAUCACCUUCGUUACCUGAUAUUUCGGUUCUUUCGCAAGCAAAUUCGUUGAACGAAGGAUUUAUAAUGGAUGGUGCUGAAAAUGACUUUGAGAGAUCAGAAGCGACGCAAGACCGCGGUCGAAGUUUACAGAGAAAUGCCCAAGCGUCCUCAUCUGAUCCAACUGCUGAUAAAUCUCCAAAGAAACCAUCCCGAAGAUCACUCUCAGCGGAUCAUGCGAUGCUCAAUAAGUUACAAAAUCUUAAACGAGGGGCUCCAAAUACAAUUACGAAUGGAUUGCUAAAAGGUAAACCAUGUGAUUUGAAAAAGUUGCGAAGAAGUUUUGACAAAUCGGACAUUGGAAAUCCUAUUCCCUUAGUAGUACCGACAGUCUCUGAAAAUGCGAUGACGUGUCAACAAGCUAUGGAAGUGCAAAACAGACGAAAUGCAGAUUCGGCUUCCAUAAAAAGCUUAUCUGGGACAUCAAUUGGCUCUUCAGUUUCUCAGAUAUCAACUAACUCGCAACAAAAGAUCAUGGCUCCACCUCAAUCAGAUAAAGCGUACGAUUUGGAUGAAUCUGACACUGGCUUUUCCACAAUUUCUGGCAACACUGUUAUUUUUGUACCCAAGGGAGGUAAGCCAAUGUUAGUACCUCAUCAUCCUCAAUAUAAAAAGAUCAAAUCGAGUGACAGUACAGAUAGUUUAAUAAGUUCUGUGUCGGAGAGUUCCGAGGCCAGCAGCCAUCAUGUUAAAAUGGAAAGAAGCGUAUCAACCGACAGUGGAAAAGGAUCAUUACUUGAUGACACCAUGUUAACAACGGCUCACCCAAAAUCGUCCUUGGAUACGGCAUUCAUUGAAGAGAGCAUGCUUGUUGAUUCCUCGAUGAAUCAUACAAGAGUGGAGCUAGAUGAAUCGAAUGUCAGUAAACAACCUACAGGACAAAACAUGGCGCCCAUGAAAUCGAUUUCUUCAUACGAUUUACAAAAUGCUGCGCCAAAAUGCCAAGUGGUGCGAUCCCAGAGUAUGUAUUGUACGAGUUUCAAUCGUCCAGCGCCCAACAUAAAACCUAAUCUGCAGAUCAGUAAAGAGACCCAUAAACUCCUGGCUCGCGCUGGAUUUAUGUCAGAAGGGAAGGUGGCGAGAAGUACGGAGGAUAUCCAAGUACCGGUGAAAUCUCCAACAAAAUCCUUUUGCCGAGAUCAAUCGAGCAGAUGCUCCAUCAACAUGGGUAGUCUGGUCGAUAUGAAAUCUGAAUUGGACAAUGAAGAAAUGAAGCAAAGCAGAAGUCAUGGUUUAUCAGAAGUAGCAGAAGAGACAAUGGAGGUGGAGACUAGUGAAGAGGCUGAUGUGAUGACAGAAUGUCCGUCUGCGAUUAUUAAGAGAGCCAAUACCAGCCUUCCUAAACACGACAGUAUCCUGAAUAUCCAGCAGUCGAAUUGUGGAAAGGUCGCAGAAAAUGUUAAAAACCUCGAACAGUCAGUUGAUUCUAAAGAUAAAUUUGUGUCACCUUACCGCUUUCCAAAUUCCACGACACGAAAACGAGGUAUGUCACCAAUUAGGAUUCCAACAAUAUUUGCUAAAACUGAUCAACAGGCGGCCAAAUUUAGAGAAAUUGCUUUAAUGGCUAAAGAACGGGGCGCGUUAUCCAGAGGUGUAGCAAAAGUACCUAUUUCAACAAAUUUACUAAAAUCUUCAAGCACUGUUACGGACAAUAAUUCAGAUUUUGAAUUUGUGAAGCCAGCGGAACGUCCCAGUACGUAUCACACGGACAGAUCUAAGUCUGAUUGUUCCGUGGCUACCAGUUCCGUAUCCGAAACAAAUUCAAGUAUUUCUAUCAGCACCUUAAGUACCGAUUCUUAUUCAGACUUUUCGACGAUUUCGCCUAUGUCAGAAUCGGGAGAAUCUGGUGAUGAAGUUUUCUCUCCAAAAACAGAGUCGACUCAAUCAAAUAACGAUCAAUUGGAAGAAAGUUCUGACGACGCGACUAUCAAAACAUCAUUUAAGGGACAACAGAUUGAAUUGAGCUGUUCUUUAAUGGAAACUAUUAAUGAAGUUUGCACACCUCAACGGUCGGCACUGAAGGAUUGUGGGAAUGUAGUUGCUAAAGAACAAAAUCAGUCAAAGAUGUCUGAAUUAAAACUUCCCAAAUCGGAUGAAGAAAUUGGAGACUAUGUCGUUUUACGCACAGCAGGAGGCUUGACGCCCAGACAGAUUCUACGAUUUUCUCAAACGCCUAAAUCAAAAUGCAUUUCUCCCAAUAAGCCUGUCAAACGUCUAGUCUCUCCAGGUUCCCCUCGAAGACACACAGCUCGUCAAUCAAACAAAUCGUCACCAUCGCGGAAAUCUGAUGGAAAACCAGUAUUAUCCUCCAUACCCCAGCAUUUACAAACAGACGUUGGAAAUAUUUAAAUAGACAAUCCAUAUCUUAUUGUUUUAAAUCUGUUUUUAACAUCUUUAACUUACUCGUACUUAUUGUGCCAUCUGACUUGCUAUUUCUGUUUUUAUUAUUCAUUUACAAAUUGUUCUCACCCAUGUAAGAUUAAAGAUUUGUUAGCUCUG